GGGGGAGCGAGCGAGAAAUGCAGAGGCUGCAGCGGCGGCGGCGGCGGCAGUAGCGGCAGCGGCGACGGCGGCGGCGGCAGCGCUCCAACUCGCUCCACGCUCCGGGCUCCGCCGUCGAGCCGGGAGAGAGCCUUUGCCGAGCAGCCAGGCACCGGGCCGGACGACGCCAGCCACCCGGGCCCCUUGGAGGCACCGCGCUCACCCAGGGCCGGCACAGGCACCCAAAGCCUAGAACUCCAAGAUGGGAGGCAAGCUGAGCAAGAAGAAGAAGGGCUACAAUGUGAACGACGAGAAAGCCAAGGACAAAGACAAGAAGGCUGAAGGCGCCGGCACCGAGGAGGAGGGGACCGCGAAGGAGAGCGAGCCCCAGGCGGCUGCCGACGCCGCCGAGGUCAAAGAGAGCGCGGAGGAGAAGCCCAAGGACGCGGCGGACGGCGAGGCCAAGGCGGAGGAGAAGGAGGGCGACAAGGCGGCGGCGGCCAAGGAGGAGGCUCCCAAGGCCGAGCCCGAGAAGAGCGAGGGCGCCGCGGAGGAGCAGCAGCCCGAGCCCGCGCCGGCGCCCGAGCAGGAGGCGGCCGCGCCCGGGCCCGCUGCGGGCGGCGAGGUCCCCAAGGCCGGCGACACCGCGGGCGCCGAGAGCACGGGCGCGGCCGAGGAGGAGGGCGAGGCCAAAAAGACUGAGGCUCCCGCCGGCGGCCCCGAGGCGAAAAGCGACGCGGCCCCGGCUUCAGACUCUAAACCUAGCAGCGCCGACGGCGCGCCCUCGUCCAAGGAGACGGCCGCGGCCUCGGAGGCGCCCAGUUCCACGGCCAAGGCCACUGCGCCCGCCGCGCCCCCCGCCGCCACCACCGAGCCGCAGGCCGAGGCCCCUGCUGCCCCUGCCGCCAGCUCCGAGCAAAGCGUGGCCGUCAAAGAGUAACCGGGACAGCCUAGCCAGAACCGACGACGCCACUUGCAAACGACCUGUCUCACGCUCUCUCUGUCUCUCACUCUGUCCUCUCUCUGUCUCUCUAUCCUAUACUAACUUGUUUCAAAUUGGAAGUAAGGAUAUGUAUUGCCCAAGGGAUUAAAAAGAAAAAGAGAAAAGGAAAAAAAAAAAAAAAGAAAAAAAGAGGAUGUGUCCCAUCAGGGGAGGGAGGGGGUGGGGAGAAUCCAAAUAGUAUUUUUGUGGGGAAAUAUCUAAUAUACCUUCAGUCAACUUGACCAGUCAGUCCUGGAUUUUAGAGAUCAUUGUCUGAAAGUACAUCAUUUGUACCUGAACCGCUGUCCCCUGGCGCGCCACCCCGAAAGCCCCAGCAUCUUUCUUGCGCUGCGGUUGGGGGAGGAAAGCGUUUGAUUCUGCCCACAGGGCCAGUGCCAAGGCAAUCAGAUCUUUAUGGAAGCAGUAUUUUCUGUGUUUUAAUUUACAGCCUUUCUUAUUUUGGUAUUUUUUUUUUUUUGACGUUGUGGAUGAAUGCCACCUUUCAGAUGGAGCC